AUGUGCGUCUGCAACCCCUCUCCGGGCUGCGCUCGAGUGCUUGCCCCUAGACAUUUGCAGCAGCAGCAGGAGCAGCGGCAUCAGCGGAGACCAGGGAGCAGCCGGAGCAGGGAGACAAAGAGAGAGCGAGAGAGAGAGGGAGGGGGGGUGACACGGCCAGCCACUGAGCUUUCCUUCAACCUCCUGCUUGUGGUACUCGUGGCCUGUGGCCUAGCCCUGCUGGCACUCUGUGCCUUUGCCUCCUGGAAGCUGUGCUGGGUGCCCUGGCGGAACAAGGCCCUGCCCACCUCUGCUGCCACCACCGCCCUCCUCCCGGCUUGCAGGCCCGAGGGGGCUGCAGCCGCCGACGACUGCUCCCCGCAAGUCCACCGGCCCCCGGUCGACACCAUGGCGACAGAGAAGCUGAAGGACCCCGCGGGACCCGCCGGCUUCCUGGAGGCAGCAGUGAAGAUUAGCCACACGUCGCCAGACAUCCCGGCUGAGGUCCAGCUCUCCAUGCGAGACCAUAUCCUGCGGCGCACGCAGCGCAUGCAGAGGCAGACCACCGAGCCGGCGUCCUCCACAAGACACAGUUCCUUUAAGAGGCACCUCCCUCGCCAAAUGCAGGUCUCCAGUCUGGACCUGGGCAAUGACUAUGUGGAUGUGGAUGAGCAGCCCACGAGCAUCGGGCGCAUUAAGCCUGAGCUUUACAAGCAGAAGACUCAAGAGGCCGAGGAGGCCUCCAAGGCCAGUGGCAAGACCUGCGGCAAGAUCAACUUCUCCCUCAGGUACGACUAUGAGAACGAGGUUCUCCUAGUCAACAUCCUCAAGGCCUUCGACUUGCCCGCCAAGGACUUGUGUGGGAGCUCUGACCCCUAUGUCAAGAUCUACCUGCUGCCUGACCGUAAGCAAAAGUAUCAGACUCGUGUGCACCGCAAGACGCUCAAUCCCACGUUCAACGAGUCCUUCCAGUUCCCUGUACCCUACGAUGACCUGGGCAGCAGGAAGCUCCACCUGAGUGUCUUCGACUUUGACCGCUUUUCUCGGCACGACAUGAUUGGAGAGGUGAUACUGGACAACCUCUUUGAGAUGUCAGACCUGUCCAGGGAGACAUCCAUCUGGAAGGACAUUCAAUACGCCACCACAGAGAGUGUGGACCUGGGGGAGAUCAUGUUCUCGCUGUGCUACCUGCCCACUGCGGGGAGGCUCACGCUCACUGUCAUCAAGUGCAGGAACCUGAAGGCCAUGGACAUCACUGGAUACUCAGACCCCUAUGUUAAGGUGUCCUUGAUUUGCGACGGGAGGCGUCUGAAGAAGAAGAAGACCACCAUCAAGAAGAACACGCUGAACCCCGUCUACAACGAGGCCAUCAUCUUCGACAUCCCUCCCGACAGCAUGGACCAGGUCACCCUGCACAUCUCCGUUAUGGACUAUGACAUGGUAGGUCACAAUGAGAUCAUUGGGGUGAGCCGUGUCGGGUGCAGCGCCGAGGGUCUGGGCAGAGACCACUGGAACGAGAUGCUCGCCUACCCCCGCAAGCCAAUCGCUCACUGGCACCCCCUGCUGGAAGCCAAGAAAUCAGAAAAGGAGGCCACAAACUCAUUGGCCCAUGUGUGGAAGGCCCGCACCGCCAGCUUCGACAGCCAGGGAUCCUGUCCGUCCCCGAAACCUCCUUCCAGUCCCUGAGACGGGCCGGCGGGCUUCAACCCCCCUCCCAACCCUAGCGUCCGUCAGCUCCGCUUUGGGCUCCGCGGACCCGGUGUCUGUGCGUCCACCUGAGAAACCCGCCACCCCCUCGUCUGCACGUCUUUAGGGUGGACAGGCAGCGCUCCAAGCGCUAAUUCUCGAUCAGUGAUCAAUUCAUUUGUUUUGGCCAAAAAAGGCUAUGGCUUGUGUCGAUGUUGGGCCAGCUGAUCCAGCAUCAGCGCUUGGGCCUUGAGUGCUACCGAAGCCGUAAUCCUUGGCGUGCUUAAAGCGCCGUCUCAGCAUUCCCAGAGCUUUUGGCAUCUGGGUCAAACAGGAGAUUUAGGAUUUUCAAGGGCAUUUCCAAGCAGAGACUAUUUAUGACCCGUUCUAGGGGCUGGAGAGCCCAAAGUUCUGACCGGUUCAGCGUUUCGCUCAGAAUUUCCUCUCGAAAGGUGGUCAGAGGACAGAAGGAAGUGGAAAACGAAACAAGGGCAGGUGGAGGCCAACAAAGCCUCUUCCAAGUACUUCACCGAUCUGUAGCACAAUAGCAGGUGAAGUCUGGGGAAAAUUGCUAUGGAGAAUUCAGGUGAUUUCCUUCUGAAGUAUCGGUGUAAUUUUACGUGAAGUAUACAGUUACACAAGCUUUUUUCUCCAAAUACGGAGACCUAAGGAAGUCUCAGAGCUCACAAGCGUGAACAUUUUGCGAGAAGCACCGUGUACCUUACUGUAGUAAACCACCCAUCUGCUCUGUUGCUCUCAGAAAGAGUGAUGGGACGCCCUGGAAAUGGCAUUUUAUUUGUUACAAAAUUAAACCCCACGUUUUUAUUAGCCAAGCAAAAUUGUGCGGAGUCGCGUUUCCCAAGAUGAUAGGAGGAAGGUGAGCCAACUAAAUGCGCUUGAUACACUUGUAAAUUGCCGCAAUCAAUUCCAUAUGAAGAUUAACGACUCAUUCAACAGGACUUUUCAAACUAAUGUCAGGCUAUAAAUAAAUGUCAGACGCAGACCCAGUUGGGUCAUUUAGCGCAAGACACUUUUUACUCAAAAAGGCAGAAAUACAUAUUUAAAAGUAUCCUCUCCUCAUAAGAUUUUUUUUUAAUCUAUCAGUCACGGUAUGAAAUCAAUGACAAUAAAAUUUUCCCGGGCAGUUUCUGCUCAUUAGCUCUGUCGUUGCCAAAGCUACUCUUUCCCCUUGCUGCUUCAGACUGUUGAAACACUCACUGAGGUCUUGUUUUACUGUGUGUGCAGCCGUUCACCUCAGAGCCUCUCUUCUUUUUUCAUUGCAACGACAGCAACACUGGAUCAUAGUGACAUACAGAGAAAAGCAAAGGCAAAAACAGAGUAAUUCUGGAUAUGCAUACAAGAGAACUACAAGUGUGGACCACAACCCCUAAGUAGUAUUAAGUUAAGAGUAAAAAAUUAUUAAAAAAAAAACUGACACAGGAGACAGAAAGAUUUCAGUUAAUGAACAAACUGAUUUUCCCUUUAGUAUAAUUUUUCAGCAUAUUAAAAUCGUCCAGCUCAUCGUAUUAACGUCCAGAGUGAUAAUUUUAACUUGAAACUUAAUUUCACGACAAUUGCUACCCCAGAAAAAGCCUGUCAUAUUGUCACACAGCUAGAACAUGGGACCCAGUGAGGUGAAAAACAGAGAAAAAGAAAGAGGUAAAAACAAAAAACGUUGAUUUGUAAUCUGUUAUGGUCCUACUGUGUUCAUUUCGGACAGACGUUUGGAAAGUUGUACUUGCCUUCAGAUGAUUAUGUUAUGAAAGCCGUCAACACUGGAACUGCAAAAACUCCAAAGCCAAAUCGUGAUCAAAGUUUCUUACAGACUGUAUGAUUCAACAACUUUUUGAAUAUCAACCGGAGCAGGAAAAGAGGGAGAACCAUGUGUUUUGGUUAGAAUUUUUAAGCCCUGAUAAUACACACCAAACCCUGCCAGCAAACUGACAUACCUGGAAGAUUAUGUGGGACAAUGAUGAGACACUCUUGUAUCCCAUUAAUACAAUGCAGCACUUCCUCCAAAUGGCCGUGGUGAAUAUUUAAAUGUUUGUUUUCAAAAAAUUGUUAUAGCACAGCUGUUUCCUUUUUCCCUGGGAUGGUUCAGUGAAGAAUUUUACCAUGUAAAAACGCCAUCAUACAGGUAGAUGCUUCAUUUAUGUGGAACCCGUGUUUGCUGUCAGCGCUUGACACAAUAGCUCAACGACUGUCGCCCUCUCCAGAGUCGGAUUUGCGAGAAUUUAAUCAGCACAGUGCGAAAUUCCAUUAAUUCUUCUCAAGCUUCCAAAUCUGACAUUUCCAUCUAAAGGUUGAGAAUAAUGUAGCCCCCAUGUUCUCUCUCCCAUGACAUAAUCAUAUGAUCAAUUACGAGAACUGAUGCCUUUUUCCUGAGGCUGUUGCCUUGUGUACAUUGUGUAAAAUCUUAAGCCUGGAAAGGUUGAGAAGCCGUGUAUUUCUAAUCCUCUUUAAAUAUGUUUUUUGUAGACAAUGUCUUGAUAUAAAUCAACACGUGGACCGUUUGUAACCAUUUUACACACUUAAAUGCAAAAAAUGACAAACCUUUUUGCAAGACAUUUUAUAAUGAAAGCACAACGCAAACAAAUACUAGGGAGUGGAGUCUGAGAGCAGGAUGGCGGUCUGAACUUGGGUCGGAGCAUUCGGCGUUCGACUGUUUCUACGCUGAGGUUGGUUGAGGAUGAGCGCACUUUCCUUACUGUGUCAAAACACCAUGAAGCCAUUGAUGUUCAAUACCGGUCCAUGAUCGAAGUAAUCAGAAUCAAUCAGUUCUGACUUGUAGCUAAUCCUCUGAAGGACCCUCAGCCGAGGGGCACACAUCAAUAGGGAAACCAACCUCCCAUCUGCAUAUCUGUGCAUCUGAGAGCACAAUUUCACACAACUGUUUAUUUGUGCGUCAAUGUCUCCGAAGAUAUCCAUCCCGUCUCGUAAUCUUGUGCUGGAUUGCAUAGUUGCACCAGAAAUCUUGGUGUCUGGACCCAACCCCCAAUCCGCACUUUUUGGUGUCAAACCGCUGACUGACGCAGUGCUGGAUCAAAACUCCCUUUCCGUUCCAGCAACUGCUGAGACGGCGUUCUGGGGGUAGAGGGUCGAGCAGUUGGUGUACACUGUAGAUGGGGGAGGAUUAGGAGUUACAGCAGGCGCCGGGUGCAUUAAUGAUCGCAGCUGGAUGUCAGCUCUCCUCUCUGGAGUGUUUACUGGAAAUUGGCUCCCAUCAAUAAAAAGGGCACAGCAACUACACCAACAGCCACAGAACGCACAAAAACACACUGCUGCUGUUCCCAGAACUCCUCACAGAUGCUCCAGGCAAAGUGCGGCCGACGUCUCCCCUCUCGACCCUCCUCCCCCCGAGAUGUAAAGACCGUGCGUCGGGGACGACCGUCCGGGUAGACAGGACAGCUCUGCUCUUGUGACAGCUGUGACAUUUCACUAAUUGGCAGUUGUUAGUUUGGAAAUAAACGUGACGGCUCGUUCAGCUCAGACGAUCCCCAUUAACGGUUCUGCUCGACGUCAUUGUUGAUACUUACACUGUCAUAUAUAUAUAAACUGUAACUGGGUCUGUCAUGUCUGGUUUUCUGCAGUUGGACAAAAAAACUGUUGGAGAUGAUUGUGCAUAGUGAAUGUCCCCCCUUUAUUACCCGCAGUGUGUUUGGUGGUGUUUCCUCCAUCUGGAUGACAUAGAGCGUUCAGUGGUAGACUGACUCGGCUCAACCCAUUUCGCCCGAGUCUCUUUGGGCAGUUUAAUGCUUCAACUUUCAUUGUGCGUGAUGUUUCCUAACCGGAUUCAUGUGUUCCUUGUAUUUACCAUGCAAACGACUGACUUUCCAAUUUUGUAUUGAGAAUUUGUAUUUGUAAUAUUACCGUUUGAAGCCCGUCCGUGUGUUCCGACGAAUCCACAAUAAAGCUGUG